AUGUACUGGAAGCAUGAGAACGCCGCCCCGGCGCUGCCCGAGGGCUGCCGGCUGCCGGCCGAGGGCGGCCCCGCCACCGACCAGGUGAUGGCCCAGCCAGGGUCCGGCUGCAAAGCGACCACCCGCUGCCUUGAAGGGACCGCGCCGCCCGCCAUGGCUCAGUCGGACGCUGAGGCCCUAGCAGGCCCUCUGGACAAGGACGAGGGUCGGUCCUCUCCCUGUACGCCCAGCACGCCAUCUGUCUGCUCACCGCCCUCUGCCGCCUCCUCCGUGCCGUCUGCCGGCAAGAACAUCUGCUCCAGCUGCGGCCUCGAGAUCCUGGACCGAUAUCUGCUCAAGGUCAACAACCUCAUCUGGCACGUGCGGUGCCUCGAGUGCUCCGUGUGUCGCACGUCGCUGAGGCAACAGAACAGCUGCUACAUCAAGAACAAGGAAAUCUUCUGCAAGAUGGACUACUUCAGCCGAUUUGGGACCAAGUGCGCAAGGUGCGGCAGACAGAUCUACGCCAGCGACUGGGUCCGGCGGGCACGUGGCAAUGCCUACCACCUGGCCUGCUUCGCUUGCUUCUCGUGCAAGCGCCAGCUGUCCACGGGCGAGGAGUUUGGCCUGGUCGAGGAGAAGGUGCUCUGCCGUAUCCACUACGACACCAUGAUUGAGAAUCUCAAGAGGGCCGCCGAGAACGGGAACGGCCUCACGCUGGAGGGGGCAGUGCCCUCGGAACAGGACAGUCAGCCCAAGCCGGCCAAGCGCGCGCGGACGUCCUUCACCGCCGAGCAGUUGCAGGUUAUGCAGGCGCAGUUCGCGCAGGACAACAACCCCGACGCGCAGACGCUGCAGAAGCUUGCGGACAUGACGGGCCUCAGCCGAAGGGUCAUCCAGGUGUGGUUUCAAAACUGCCGGGCGCGUCAUAAAAAGCACACACCACAGCAUCCCGUGCCGCCCUCCGGGGCGCCGCCGUCCCGCCUCCCCUCCGCCCUGUCCGACGACAUCCACUACUCCCCGUUCAGCAGCCCCGAGCGGGCUCGCAUGGUCACCCUGCACGGCUACAUUGAGAGUCAGGUACAGUGUGGGCAGGUGCACUGCCGGCUGCCUUACACCGCGCCCCCCGUCCACCUCAAAGCCGACAUGGAUGGGCCACUCUCCAACCGGGGUGAGAAGGUCAUCCUUUUUCAGUACUAA